GGAGGGGCCCUCGGCCGUCUGGUGGGCCCGGCCCGGCGGCGGCGCCAUGUGGAGCGGCCGCAGCUCCUUCACCAGCCUGGUCGUGGGCGUGUUCGUGGUGUACGUGGUGCACACCUGCUGGGUCAUGUAUGGCAUCGUCUACACCCGCCCGUGCGCCGGCGGCGGCAACUGCAUCCUGCCCUACCUGGCGCGGAGGCCCAAGCUGCAGCUCAGCGUGUACACCACCACGCGGUCCAACCUGGGUGCAGAGAACAACGUGGAUCUGGUCUUGAACGUGGAGGACUUUGACGUGCAGUCCAAAUUUGAAAGGACAGUUAAUGUUUCUGUGCCAAAGAAAACCAGAAAUAACGGGACGCUGUAUGCCUACAUCUUCCUCCACCAUGCGGGCAUUCUCCCGUGGCAGGAUGGGAAGCAGGUGCACCUGGUGAGCCCUCUGACCACCUACAUGGUCCCCAAACCAGAAGAGGUCAAUCUGCUCACUGGGGAGUCUGCUACUCAGCAGAUCGAAGCUGAGAAGAAGCCGACAAGUGCCCUGGAUGAGCCCGUUUCUCACUGGAGACCAAGGCUGACCCUGAACGUGAUGGUGGAUGAUUUUGUUUUUGACGGCGCCUCCCUGCCUGCCGACGUGCAUCGAUACAUGAAGAUGGUCCAGCUGGGGAAGACUGUGCACUACCUGCCCAUCCUCUUCAUCGACCAGCUCAGCAACCGCGUGAAGGACCUCGUGGUCAUCAACCGCUCCACCACGGAGCUGCCCCUCACCGUGUGCUACGACAGGAUCUCGCUAGGGAGGCUGCGCUUCUGGAUCCACAUGCAGGACGCUGUGUUCUCGCUGCAGCAGUUCGGGUUUUCCGAGAAGGACGCAGACGAGGUGAAAGGGAUCUUCGUGGACACCAAUCUGUACUUCCUGGCCUUGACGUUCUUCGUGGCAGCGUUUCACCUGCUCUUUGACUUCCUGGCAUUUAAAAAUGACAUCAGCUUCUGGAAGAAGAAGAAGAGCAUGACCGGCAUGUCCUCCAAGGCAGUGCUCUGGCGCUGCUUCAGCACGGUGGUCAUCUUCCUGUUCCUGCUGGACGAGCAGACGAGCCUGCUGGUGCUGGUCCCUGCGGGCAUUGGAGCCGCCAUCGAGCUGUGGAAAGUGAAGAAGGCCUUGAAGAUGACGGUUGUCUGGAGGGGCCUGAGGCCCACGUUUCAGUUUGGCACGUACAGCGAGUCUGAGAGGAAGACUGAGGAGUACGACACUCAGGCCAUGAGGUACCUGUCUUACCUUCUCUAUCCGCUGUGUGUCGGGGGCGCCGCCUACUCUCUGCUGAACGUCAAGUACAAGAGCUGGUACUCCUGGUUGAUCAACAGCUUCGUCAAUGGGGUCUACGCUUUUGGCUUCCUGUUCAUGCUGCCCCAGCUCUUCGUGAACUACAAGAUGAAGUCAGUGGCGCACCUGCCCUGGAAGGCCUUCACCUACAAGGCCUUCAACACCUUCAUUGACGACGUCUUCGCCUUCAUCAUCACCAUGCCCACCUCCCACCGGCUGGCCUGCUUCAGGGACGACGUGGUGUUCCUCGUCUACCUCUACCAGCGGUGGCUUUAUCCUGUGGAUAAGAGCAGAGUGAACGAGUUCGGCGAGUCCUACGAGGAGAAGCCCCGCACAGACUAGCUGCGCGCAGCAGGCCUGGGUGCCGGCCGCGCGUCCGGACGCUCUUGGUGGGACUCCUGGACGCCCCCUCUUCUGCGUUGCCAAAGUCUCCGAAGGCCCUCACGUCGUGUCUGGGACAUGCGGGCAGCACUUAGGACGCCCCCAGCGUGCAACGCUUCGCCUGUCACCAUGGGCGCACCCAGUGUCUGCGGGGGCGGCGCCGUCACUGCCACGUAUGCCGCCCGCCCGCCCGCAGACGCCGCGCAGGGAGGCACGGAUUCAGCCUCACGCCGUCCGUGAGUGCUCCCGGAAGGAACGUCAAACGCCUCUUUAAAUCCAUUCCGUGUAGACUCUGGGGUCAAAGGCUUUUUUCCUUUUUGUUUAAAAUUUGGUUGUUUUAAAGCUUAAUGUAUGUAUGUUUCUAUUUUAAAAUAAAUUUCUCUGGCUGUCACAUUU